CGCGUGCGCGCCCCGCCCCCUGUCGCUUCUUUAGUCCCGCCGCCGCGGGUUCGGUGGGGAGCCUUCUGCUGCCGGAGCGUCAGGAGGCGCAUCCCAUCUGGGGCCAAACCCUUCCUGGUGGGUCUCUUCGGAAAUGGCUCCAGGGGCUUCCACUCUGCUACUGCUGGGACUGCUGCUGCUGCUGCCCGGGGUCCCACCCCACACCGCUGGCUGUCCAGCUGCCUGCCGCUGCUACAGCGCCACAGUGGAGUGCGGCGCCCUGCGGCUGCGCGUGGUCCCACCAGGGAUCCCUCCUGGGACACAGACGCUGUUCCUGCAGGACAACAGCAUCGCGCACCUGGAGCAAGGUACCCUGGCACCGCUUGUUGCCCUGCGUCAUCUCUAUCUUCACAAUAACAGCCUUCACGUGCUGGAGUCCGGCUCCUUCCGAUCACAGCCCCGCCUGCUAGAACUAGCACUGACCGGCAACAGGCUACGCGGUUUGCGUGGAGGUGCUUUCAUAGGUCUGGCCCAGCUGCGUGUACUGUACCUGGCUGGCAAUCAGCUGGCGAAGCUGCUGGAUUUCACCUUCUUGCACAUGCCGCGACUACAGGAGCUGCAUCUUCAAGAAAACAGCAUUGAAUUGCUGGAGGACCAGGCCUUGGCUGGGCUCUCCUCCCUGGCCUUGCUGGACCUCAGCAGAAACCAACUGGGCACCAUCAGCAGGGAGGUCCUGCAGCCUCUCACUAGCCUGCAAGUCCUGCGCCUCACAGAGAACCCAUGGCGUUGUGACUGUGCCCUUCACUGGCUGGGUUCUUGGAUCAAGGAUGGAGGCCGGCGGUUGCUCAGUUCCAGGGACAAGAAGAUCACGUGUGCAGAGCCCCCGCGCCUGGCUCUUCAGAGUCUGCUGGAAGUAUCUGGUAGUAGCCUCAUCUGUAUUCCUCCCUCUGUGUACGUGGAGCCCUUGGAGCUAACCGCUAACCUGGGGGAGGACCUGCGGGUAGCCUGUCAGGCAUCAGGCUACCCACAGCCCCUGGUGACCUGGAGGAAGGUGCUGCAGUCUCGGGAGGGCCUGCCUCAAGCCCAGGCCCAGCUGGAAGACGGGGCACCGGGCCUGGUAGGGCAAGCGAUCCGUGACACUGGCAGCGGCAUGCUCUUCCUCACCAACAUCACGCUGGCGCACGGCGGCAAGUACGAGUGCGAGGCCGCCAACGCCGGAGGCAGAGCACACGUGCCAUUCCUCCUCCUGGUCAACGCGUCCCGGCAGCAAGCCCAGCAGCUGCCAGCCCUACGGGCCCCGGCCGCACGCCCCUCCGGACGUGAGCCCCGGCACGAGGCGGGCAGCAUGGCCUUUCGCGCUCUCAGCCUGGCCACACAGACGGCGAUCGCGGCGGCCAUCGCACUGCUAGCGCUCACUGCGCUGCUGCUGGUCACCAUGAUCUGCCGCCGCCGGCGCCGCCGGAAAAAGAUGCCCGCGCCGCAGGGGGAAGGUGCGCUGUUUGUCAACGAUUACUCCGACGGGCCUUGCACCUUCGCGCAGCUGGAAGAGCUCCGAGACGAGCGCGGCCACGAGAUGUUCGUCAUCGACCGGUCCAAGCCCCUGUUCGCUGAGGCACCACCUGCGGAACCCGGGGACCGCAGCGCGGCCGAUAGGCCAGCGUCUGGUCUCCGUCUCCCUCCACGCGUCGCGUACGAGAUCCAUUGCUGAGCCUGCGGCGCGUGUCAAUGACGUGGCACCGGGGAUUGGCCGGUGCGACCCCGCGCAUGCUCAUCAGUAAAGCUAGAAGGUGC